AUGACCUUGGGAGAAGCCGAAACAAAGGCUAAAGACAGAGCUGGAUGGCGAAAUCUUGUGGUGACCUUAUGCUCAGCCAGGAGCGAAGAGGAUAGUGAAAGUGAAAGUGGGAAUGAGACUGACAUUGGUGAUCAUGUUGAUCACAGUGAAAUCCCACCUUCACAGUCCAUAUUGCAACCUACAGAUGCAAUAACAGAUACAUCAACAGAAAUCAAAUUUCAGAGAAAAGUGUUCCAACUCUUAUUGGAACUGUGGACGGGGCUUAAUGAUCUGGCUGGGAGACCUAUACAAAAUGUAGGUGCAGGUGUAUGUCCUUUGCCUGACUUAUUAACAUCAAAAGCAGACACAGAAGAAGACUUCAACAAUAUAAAUGAAUUGUUGAAGAGACCCCAAGAAAAAAAGACCAUGAUAGAACAUCUGAAAAGGAUAGGGGGCAGUGAUUAUAAAGACAAUGUACAGAAAAUUUUGCGAAGAGUAAUGUCCAAUGAACUCCAGGCAAAAUACAACAUGAAGGGAAACCGUGGAAAAUUAAAUUUUGAAUCCACAGAAAUAUGCAAGGUUAUUGUGGAAACUGCCAAGAAUCUGUUUUCAGUAACUGAACAUAACAUUCUUCAGGUGACUGCAGCAUGCCUGAAGUAUGCACCUGACAGAAUGGGAGGAGGUGGGCGUAAGAAAAAAUCUGAUGCAGCAGCAGGAAUAGUAGCGGCCAACAAUGGAAAUGGAGAGGCCAACAAUGCAAAUGGAGCGGCCAAUAAUGGAAAUGGAGAUGCCAAUAAUAGAGAUGGAGCUGAUGAUAGACAAUGAUGUUUUAAAUGUUUAAAAAAUCCCAUAUUAAAUAUGUAUAUGUUUU